AUGUUUGCGGGUGCCGUUGGCGCCACAAUAGCUUUUUUGACAAUUGGAUUCGCCAAAGACAUUGGGUACACCUUUGGAAACAACCUCUCCGAGUAUACUCAGUAUCGCGCCUUAAUCAUUUUUGGGAUCGGAUUGUGGAUGUUGGAGAUUUCGAUCAACAUGAUCGAUGUCCGCUGCAGAGACUUCCUUGAUGAUCUUGCUAGCAGAAACCAACCAAAGAUCAGACUAGCAUACCAGUUCUUCUCAUUCAUCAUGGCAGUCGAAAAUGAACUGGGUUACUUGGCCGCAUUAUUUAGUAGAUUCGAUGUUAUGUUGGCAUUCACCAUGACAAAAGCAUGUGAUAGGUUCUGCGCAAAUGCGAAAAACAUAUCAAUUUUUUCAAUUCUUCUUCUACCGUUAUUGACGGCUGUGGCUUUAUCCUACAUCCAGAACAAGCUAGCAUUACCUGAGGAGGAGUCAAGUGUGAGGGAAGAGGAAGAUGACUGA